AAGACAGAAAUGGGGAUGGAUGUGGUUCUGGUCCUGUUCAUGUGGGCUGGAGAGGAAAACCUCUGAUGUUUUGUCCGGGGACGUGGGCGCACUGUAGUCAGCGAAAACAACAGGGUCAUUUACACGUUUUAUUCUGUCAGCAGAGGCAAAAAGACAAAAACUUCGGCAUAUAAAGUCUAAAACGUUUUUUUUCUGGAAGUUUCCUGUAUACGAGGAGAAGUUUAGGAAAAGUCGCGAGGGACGUUUUCCGGAGAUGUCGGAAGCAGCGGAGAAAAACGAGCCCCUUCCUGACGCGUCUGCAGGCGAAGGAAUUCCGAACGGAGGAAACGCUGCAAAGACCCAGGAGGACUUCGACCUGGCUACCAUCUAUGUGUCAGACGCCCAGAACAACAGAAACAUUUACGUCGACACGUCCCCUCAGGCUGUCAAACUCUAUCUCCUCUACAACCACUGGAUCCUGAAGGUCCUCCUGUACUUCUUCAUCAUGCUCAAUCUGUCCCUGGCCAUCUUCGAGGAGCCGGCUGUGUUCUCUCUGCCCACGUGGGCCACCAUGCUGGUGGAGCUGCUCUGCCUCCUCGUCUUCACCGUCCGACUUGUCCACUACGCCAAGGUGAUCCCCCGGGACAAGUUCUGGAAGGACCCCAAAAACAUCUGCAUCAUCGCUGUCCUCCUGCUCACUUUAAUCGACAUGAUCAUCUACGGAGCGCUGAAGGCCGCCGACUGUUACAGUGUUCGCUGGUCUCGAGUACUGCGCCCGCUCCUGUUGAUCAACAUCACAGAAGGACGGCAGCUCCGCAGAGCGUUCAGGAGCAUCCGGAAUGCUCUUCCUGAGAUCUCUUACGUCUUUGUGCUCUUCGUAUUCGGCAUCCUCAUGUUCUCCCUCAUGGCCCUCAAGCUCCUGGGGAAACGAGGCCUAAAGACCAUAGAAGGAAAGCCCUACUUUACCAACUACCUGGAAAUCGCCUUUCAGCUGUACGUCCUCGUCACCACAGCCAACAGCCCUGACGUCAUGAUGCCGGCAUACAACGCCAGCUCUAUUUUCGCCAUAUUCUUCAUCCUGUACAUCCUCAUCAACACGUACAUCUUCAUGUCUGUCUUCUUGGCUGUUGUGUUCAACAACUACAAAAAAUACCUUAAGGAGGAGAUACGGCAGCUGGUGAGGGCCAAGCGGCACAAAAUGGCCCGAGCCUUCGGCGUGCUGCAGGAGCAGAGAGAAGGCGGCGGCCAGCCUGUGGUGAGCCAUGAAAACUGGAACCAGCUGGUCCGCCGGGUGCGACCCGACAUCAAUAACGCACACAGAGAGCUUCUGUGGAGAGUCUGUGACGACAACAACCAAGGCUUCAUAGGCAAAGUUGCUUUUGUCCAGCUCGCUGACCUCCUGAAUAUUGAGGUGAUCACGCUCAAGUCAAGACCGCACCCACUUCAAAGUUUAUUCCCCACCUUCUACCAGUCGCGGCCCAGCCGCCUGCUCUGCAGAGUGGUCCAGCACCGGGGCUUUGCCAUCACCUUUGACCUGAUCAUCAUGGUGAAUGCCGUGUUUAUCGGCCUUGACGAAGAGAAUCCGCUGAUCGCCAACUCGGAGUGGGUUUUCCUGGCCCUGUACGUUCUGGAGAUCCUGUUGAAGCUCUACGUGUUUGAGCCCAGGGCCUUCUUCUCCAAGCACAGCUUCUGGAACUGGUUUGACACCAUCAUUGUCAUCGCGGCUCUUAUCGCCACAAUCAUCAACUCCGCCCUCAAGUCAUCGGGCGGAUACACCAGCCGGCAGGUUCUGGACAUCGUCUUCAUCCUGCGAGUCCUCAGAUUGAUCCGGGUGGUGGACAGCAUCAAAAGGUUCCGUGCAAUCAUCAACACACUGAUCCGAAUUGGACCUGCGAUCCUCACUUUUGGACAGCUCAUCCUUGUGGUGUAUUACAUCUUUGCCAUGGUGGGGAUGGAGCUGUUCAAAAACAAAGUGAAGUUCUAUGAAGACCUCAGCAACCCGCAGAAGGCGUACUGUGGAAACAUUUUGCUUAAAGACAGCGCGUUCGCGCAACUCGACUACUGCAAAAACAACUUCAAUAAUGUGGUGUCCUCCUUCAUCCUGCUGUUGGAGCUCACCGUGGUCAACCAAUGGCACGUGCUCGGCAGCGGGUUUGCCACCGUCACCCAUAAAUCGGCCAUGAUCUUCUUCAUCCUCUUCCACAUCAUGGUUGUGAUCGUCAUCAUCAAUAUCUUUGUGGCAUUUGUUCUGGAGGCGUUCUUUGUGGAGUACUCUGUGGGUAAAGGUGAUCUGCAAACAUCACUGGAGAAGAAGAUUGAGGAGCUUGAGCUUGCCGUUGCACAGGAGAAACUGGAGGACAAUUUGGUCAAUGCCAUGGAAACCAUGGACAACGACUUAGGAACUGGGCAGUCACCCACAGCUAACCUGCCUUCUCUGCUAUUUAGAGUUGCUUCAAAAAGAUACCGGACAGUGGACGCGUUGUUGCAGCGGAUGUUCGAGGCGGACCUCGACCCGGAAGAUUUCGCUGAGAAUGACGUUCCUGAAGACCAGAAUGGGAACUUUGCAAACCCAACUUUUGGCGCAGCAUAGACAACACAGUACAGAUUUAUCUAUACAUAUAUGAAAGGGAAGCAGUAUCAUUAGAAAUCGUUUUACAUGUUCAAAUGCAAUGCCCAUCCAGUGCAAUGUGUCAACUGUUUAAUCGUGUCAUAAUCUGAGUUCUUUUUUUUUAUUUUUAUACUUGCGUCAUAGAGCAAAAUGUGGACGCAAAACAAAUUUGUAUUUUCACAUAAAAGAAUAUUUACAUUGA